AAUACCUUCCCACCGCAGCCAGUGGACGGCACAUUCAACCCUGCCGGAAGGUGUCUGGCAUUUUAGUUUUCAAUUAAACAGGCACACAUAUUGCGUAAUUGUGGGUGAAAAAUUGCGAGUAAAAUAGAAAAAAAUAUUGCAACGCAAAAAAAAUCACCCACAACAGCACGUUACUCCACACUCCCCCGGUGCAAGGUUGUUGAGCCCUGCCCACCGAGCCGAGCUAAUCUCGCACGCGGAACUAGAAAAAGAGGAAGCGGGAAAAGACGAUGCGGCCUCUCGCGGUGUGUGUUGUGUCGCGCGCGCGUACCCUAAAGUUGUGUGUUUUAAAUUGCGUUUAAUACGAACUUCUACGCCGUUUGGUUUUGCGGGCACCAACCAAACCCGAGUGGACAAUUGAUUGGUAAGCUUGUGUUUUUUUUUGUUGGUGUGUGCUGCAUUUACCCGCCCACUCUACAAGUGUGUGUUUGCGUGUGUGUUUGUGUGUGGGGUUGCGCGUGUUUCGAUUAUGAAGUGAGACAAGAUCACGUCCAAGUAAGGUGCAGCGCGCUGGGACGGGCGACGCGCCGAUUCUCUCCCACGACCAGAUCUCGAGAUCAAUCUGUGUGUGCUGAUCAUUAGUUUUACACAAAUCCAGCUCAUGUGUGUGCCCUUGUUGGAUGGGAUUCUGCGACGUUGAUCGGUACGCACACACGUACACCCACGACGACGACGACGACGACGACGGUUUCGCCUGUGUGCGGCGGUCGGGUUUCUGCUCUCCCGCCCGCACUAGACGCAGUUACGCAGCGACAGUCGGUGGUGGUGGCAGUAGUAUUAGUAGUAGUAAUAGCAGUAGAGCACGGCUAGCGGCUCCCUAAUCUCAUCGCUCGCCAUCAUCAACGCGGGCACACAAACCGGGCCCAGUACUACCAUAGCCAGUGCGUGCGCGUGUCACGACCGACGACCACUGGCACCAGUCAGAUCCACUGCAGCUACUCUUCCAUCAAAUCACGCAACCCACCCGGGUCCCGCUAUCAGCCACGCUAUCAAACACGCGUCGUGCCUGACGCCUGAUCCCGGGGACGGGCGCUCCAGAAAUUACCGACUCCCACCAGGCACCCACCCGACCCGCACGUUCUCUACGAUGGCGUCGAGGAAUAUUAGCGGCACCGUCGGCAGGACUGAUCGUGCCCGCUGCAUCGUCUAGUGCACGUGCAAGUGUAUGUGUGUGUGUGAAGGUGUGUGAUGUUAGGGCAAUUUUGCCUAGGCAGCUCUCUGACUCUCUAGCGCAGCAUCUCAACCGCGCUCCCCCGGUGGGGGGAACACCACCCCAAAACACAGAACAGUACCACCUCCCCCCCCCCCCCCCGCCACUCCUCAACAACGCGCAAUCCAACCUCGUUUUGGUCCGGAAGAGGAGCAUUAUCAAUUAGCAACUAGUAAGAAACGAAGGAAAAGCAACAGAAAACCUGACGACGCUCUCGACACGCGCUGCCCGAUCGACAUGGAAGAAACAGAAACUCAUGCAGUGGCAGCGGGCGUCAAGCACAGCGGCAGCAUGUCCAACCUGAGCGACAUAUCGGGCAACACGGCGGUACCGGCCGGUGCGCAUGCCGGGCCCGGCCGCCCCCGCAUGGACAUUGCGGCCGUGAUUGACUGCGAGAAGAGCGCGUGCCUGAGCCACCGGAAGGCGGCCCUCGAGGAGGUGCAGCAGGCGUGCGCCGCGGUCGGUGCGAACCUGCAGCUGCUGCCGUUCGAUGUGCUCGACUACCACAACGAGAACAACAACAAGCUCGAGUACUUCUACAACGCGGACGUGGUCGUGGUCGACCUGAGCGUCCAGACGCAGCAGAGCACGCUGUGCUACCUGCUCGGCGUGCGCGAAAGCUUCAAGAUGAAGGAAAACAUCGUCAUCUACAACGACACGCAGACGGAGGCGACGCUGCGCAUGAAGAUCUCGUGCGGCAACUAUCAGUUCCUCUCGUACCGGCUGCACGAGAAUGGUGGCGCGAUCGUCACCAGCCCGCUCAAGCUGGAGGAGACGGCAGGGACGGUGGCCGCCGCGUCCCAGCUCGCCCAGCAGCCGACGACGCUGGCGGUGGCCCUGCGCCGCCUCUUCCAGGACGUCGAGAUCCAGUCGAAGACGCACCUGCGCGAAAAGUUCCUCGCCGAUCUGCGCAGCCUGCGCGACCAGCACGCGGGCAACGUGGAGGAGCUGCAGCGCAUGCUGCGCAACCUGCGCAAGCGGCUGGACGAUCCGCAGGUCCUGUCCAAAGACAUCCUGCAGACGUACAUGCUCGCGCUGCGCGACGUGCAGGAUUACGACGCGAUGGUGCAGCUGGUGGACGAUCUGCAAACGAUACCGAACAAGCAGAGCUACAUCAACACCGGCCACAUGCACUACCUGUACGCGUUUGCGCUGAACCGGCGCAACCACGAGGGUGACCGGGAGCGGGCGCUGCGCACCUGCACCAAGGCGCUGGAGAAGAAGGAGAACCACUUCCCGGACAUGCUGUGCCUGUACGGGCGCAUCUACAAGGACAUCUUCGUCGAGUCGAACCACACCGACCGGGAGAGCCUGAAGAACGCGAUCAUCUGGUACCGGAAGUCGUUCGAGGUGCAGCCGAACGAGUUCGCCGGCAUCAAUCUCGCCACGCUGCUCGUGAUCGACGGGAAGGACUUUACCGACAGCGAGCUGCAGCACAUCGGCAUGAAGCUGAACAAUCUGAUCGGGAAGAAGGGUUCGCUCGCGCAGAUCAAGGACUACUGGAACGUGGCGACGUACUUCGAGAUCUCGGUGCUGGCAGAGAACUACGCGAAAGCGAUCCAGGCGGCGGAGUGCAUGUUCAAGCUGCGGCCGCCGAAAUGGUACCUGAAGUCGACCAUCGGCAACAUCACGCUGAUCGAUCGGGCCCGUAAGCGCACGGAGGAGCCGGCGGGCAUCAGCAUCGAGCAGCAGAUCUUCCAGUUCUGGAUGGAGUUUUUCCUCGAGGCGACGGCGCGCGAACCGUCCAGCAUGGUGCGCUUCCCGAUACUGAUCCUCGAGCCGCAGAAGAUCUACAUGCCGAGCUACGUGUCGAUCCACAUGGACGCGGAGCAGAAGUCGAUCGACAUCAGCAACGUUUGCCAGCAGCACGCGAAGGGCACCUGCCUGAAGCUGCACGAUUUCAACUUUCUCGCGAGCCAAAUCAAAUCGGUCAGCCUGUACAAGCGGGACGAGCGGUGCGCCUACCUGUACGUACACCACAACUCGGACGACUUCCAGAUGUUCUUCCCGUCGGUCCAGUGCCGGCAGACGUUCUACGACCUGAUCCUGCAGAUGACCGCCGACCAGGGCUCGGGCUUUAUCGAUCUGUCCGCGGCCGAGACGACGGCGGACGAGCUGAAGUACGAGUACGACCUGGACGACGAGGGCCAGCGCAUCCUGCUCGGCAAGGGCACGUACGGCGCGGUGUACGCGGCCCGCGACCUCACCACGCAGGUCAAGAUUGCGGUGAAGGAGGUGUACGAGCGCAACACGCACGACGUCCAGCCGCUGCACGAGGAGAUCAAGCUGCACUCGCAGCUGCGCCACCGGAACAUCGUCCAGUACUGGGGCUCCAAGUCGGAGAACCAGUACUUCAAAAUUUUCAUGGAACAGGUGCCGGGCGGCUCGCUGUCCGCCCUGCUCAGCUCCAAGUGGGGCCCGCUCAAGGACAGCGAGACGACGAUCGCGUUCUACUCGCGCCAAAUACUGGAGGGGCUCAAGUACCUGCACGACCAGAAGAUCGUGCACCGCGACAUCAAGGGCGGCAACGUGCUGGUCAACACGUACAGCGGCGUGGUGAAGAUAUCCGACUUCGGCACGUCCAAGCGGCUGGCCGGCAUCAACCCGGCGACGGAAACGUUCACCGGCACGCUCCAGUACAUGGCGCCGGAGGUGAUCGACCAAGGCGUGCGGGGGUACGGCCCGGCCGCCGACAUCUGGUCGUUCGGGUGCACCGUGGUCGAGAUGGCCACCGGCAAGCCGCCAUUCGUCGAGCUCGGCUGCCCGCAGGCGGCCAUGUUUAAGGUCGGCUUCUACAAGACGCACCCGACCAUCCCGGAGGAGCUGUCCAGCAUGGCGAAAAACUUCAUCCUGCGCUGCUUCGAGGUGAACGUGGACAAACGGGCGACCGCCACCGAGCUGCUGGAGGAUCCGUUCCUCUGCGAGAAACACAAAAAGAUGCGCCCCUCGUUCAGCAGCAGCAGCACGAUCAGCGGACUGCCCCAUCCGGGCGCUAGCGAGUUCUCCCGCAGCGUCAGCAUGCCCGCCGACCGGCACAACUCGAAAACGCUCACCACGCAGGAAAGCUCGGCCAGCUGCAACACACCCACCUUCAGCUCCGAAACCGAAGCGUCAUCGAUACCGCCGCUGAACGCUACGAUCGGCGUCCAGACGGCAAGCCGGUCGGUGACCGAGCGGAAAAACAAACAUUCGUUCCAGCUGACGCCGAUCAAGAUGCCCAAGCACGGCAUCAGCAGCAUCGGAAAUCUCGCGGAAACGCCCUCACUGGAGAUGGAUUCCGCCGAACAGACGUCGACCGUGUUUCAGCUCAAUCGGCGCAGCUCCUCCGGAGGUUUGCUGUCACCGGAGAUUGAUAUUACGACGUCGACCGCGAGCAAGCUGCCGCUGGCGGGCGACGCGAACGAGAGCGACGGCUUCUACCUGCUGAAGAAGGACUCGCAGCGGCGCCAAACGCUCGACAAGGUGCUGUGCCACGACGUCACCAAGAUCUGCGAGCUGUGGCUGACCAAGAUCGAGCCGGACGCGAACCAGGAGCUAGCGAUCACGCGCGACCACCUCGUGAUGCUGCUGAACGGGCUGCGCAAGUACAUUGCGGAGCAACGCACCGACACGCUCGAGCAGGCGAUCGCGCAGCUGAAGGAGCAGCCGAACUUCAACGACAUCGCGAUCGUGCAGCUGCAUCUCGCGCUGUACGCGUUCCAGAACACGGUCAUCACGGUGCUGCGCUCGCACAACAUCAAGCCGCAUUGGAUGUUCGCGCUGGAGAAUCUGGUGAAGAGUGCGGUGCACGCGGGCAUCACCAUCCUGUCGCCGAAGCUCGGCGCCAACCUGGCCGGCAACGCACCGAACGACGACGAGUACGACGAGGAAAGCAACGAGCUGGGCGGACAGGCGGGCCCAGCGCCGCCGGCCGCCCGUGCGCCGCUGGUGAACGGGCGGUUUGCGCCAGCAGCGGCACAGGACGAGCGGGACGGCUCGGCGUACGACUGCGAGUACGAUAUGUACGAUCUCAUGGCGGAGGGCGGGGGCGCCGGCGACGAGGACCCAAUGGACGAGCUGGACGAUCCGCUCACCGGCACGUCCAGCGGGCACGGUACGCUGCGGGGCAUGAAGCCGCGGGCCCGCAGCCACGGCACGGACGUCGGGCCGGGCACGCCGCUGCAGAAGAAAACGCGCUGGAAAACGUGGCGCGAACAGGUCGAGGCACUGAGGGCGGAAAAUCAAAGACUGAAGGAGUACCUGCUGGAAUCUCAACAAUCCUACCACGGUGCGUUCCGCGCGGUGCUGCAGAGCGGGGCGUUCGCCCGCUGCCUUACCGACCAGCUGGUCGCACUGAUGGAGCGCUGCCUGCACGAGCACGGCACCGGCCCCGAGCUUGGCGAUGGGGAGGAGACGUUCGGGGAUGGUGCUGCUGCUGCUGGUGGUGGUGGUAGGGUACGGCGUACGGCGCAACCCUGGAACCGGAUGCCACCGGUCGGGCAGACGGCGACGGAUCGACCGACACAGUGCGCAUCGGACCGGGUCGUUGCAACGGAGGAUGGCCAGAACGUGGAGGAGGCAGAUGAGGACGAGGAGAUGGGUGAUCUGCGGCUGGCAGAGUGGCUGCAGGCGCAGGGCAUCAAGCGCCCGGAGUGCCAGCGGCGGAUACUGCGCGAGGGCUUCCUGUGCGACGACUUCCUCUACGAUCUGGAGCGGGACGAUCUGCGCCGGUUGGGACUGAAGAUCGGGGAAGAGCUACGAAUCUGGAACGCGCUCAAGCGUCACCGCCGACUGCAUCCACCAAAGCGACCGUCCGCCGACUGCGAUUCGGUCCACAACAUCAACAACAACUGCUUGAAUGACCAUCAUACCGCCGGCCUCGAUACGCGAUAGACAAACGCGCGCACCGAAUUUGCCUUUUGCACACACCCACACACACCUCCCUCCAACCGACGUGUGUGCAGCUCCGGCAGGAGCAAACUCAAGUGUCAAGUGUCCUUGAAAGUCGAUCCACUCGGUCGCAGAGCAGGAGAGACCACUCCUCUUUACACCAUGCAAACAACCUGUGAUGCAAAACACGCUGCUCGAAACAAUCACGCGAUCGAACGCUGCUCCUAGCCAGCAGCAACAGCAGCAGCAGACGAAUCCGUCGUGCCGAGUCGCAGCCAUAUCGAUUUGGAAGCCAUCGAAAGCCAACCGAAGCUUACAAAACAAUCAUAACACAUUUAUUAGAGAAUAAUCAGUCACAGCAAAGCAACCACUCAGUGGCGGUCCGUUUCGGGGGCCAAUAAAACGCGCGCACAAAGAAGAAGAAGACGAAAACACACACACAACUAUCUCCCCUAGAAGCAUUAAUGCCAAUAGCGCGCGGGGUUCUAGGGACAUUGCGCAUAAGGAAUAUCCGCCUGGUGUGUGUAUUUGUAUGUGUGUUGCAAAACACAUUUUUCCCCUCCCCACAAUGUUCUUUUCCCGCUUGGUGUGAUAGUUCCGCACACGUGCGUAUGUUGAUUAAAGUAAAAAAAAAAAAACACAAAGAAGAAAUUGCUGAUAUUGUAAGUAACAUUGAUUCGAUAAAUAAAGGCACGAAAAAAAUCUGAAAA